AUGAUCAGUCCAUUAUCAGCUGGAUGGGUAGGAGAAAGUUCCACAUUCAGAAGGUCCAGUGGAGCUGUUCAUCCUGACAUUUUCCAGUUGGAGGGAGUUCCUUUUAUAAUAGGUAUAAUGGUGCCAUUUACGGUCUGCCAGUCUUCCUCUAGAUACUUAGAAGGGGCUCUUUGUCCAGGUGAAGUCAAGGAUGGGAUGGAAGUUCUUUCUUGUGAUGCUGGCAGCUGCUGUUAUAUUGUUAAUUUUAGAAGAAAAGUGGUAAAGAAAUGCCCAACCUUGCAUCAACUCCAGCUUCCACGAGAAACAAGGUUCUUUAGUGUUCCAAUUAAAUCUAAUAGCAAGUAUUUGCAAUAUUCUCAUCCACAUCAUUUUAGCUUUACGAAACUUAACAAUUGUCAACCUUCUAGAACUGUUGUUGUUCUUAAGAGAGAUGAACAUGACAAUUCUAGAGUUUCGGAUGAAACUUAUAGCUCUUAUGUACUUGAUGGGGAAGAAGGUGUGAACAAUGUGACUGGUAGGGGAAAAUCAGUGUCUAACGUCUUGAUUCCUAGUUUACCAGAUGAAUCCAACUGUGAUUAUGUAGCUCCAAUUAGAAGCUCUUUCUGGGAAUGGAAGCCCAAACUGAUUGUCCAUUAUGAAAAAUCAGGUUCAGAAAAUGUUCACUCCCCUCCUUUGCUCUUCCUUCCUGGCUUUGGCGUCGGCUCCUUUCAUUAUGAAAAGCAACUAAAGGAUCUUGGUCAUGAUUUCAGAGCCUGGGCUAUUGACUUUCUUGGUCAGGGCAUGUCAUUGCCAUGUGAAGAUCCAACUUUAGGAUCCAAUGGUGGAGAUAAACUUGAAUCAGAUAGGGAUAAUAUCAUCUGGGGUUUUGGAGAUGAAACUGAAACUUGGGCAGAGGAACUUGUUUAUUCUGUCGACUUAUGGAGGGACCAAGUGCGCUAUUUCAUAGAAGAGGUUAUUAAAGAACCAGUUUAUCUUGUGGGAAACUCGCUUGGAGGGUUUGUUGCAAUCUAUUUUGCAGCAUGCCACCCUCAGUUGGUGAAAGGUGUAACCUUGCUCAAUGCAACACCCUUUUGGGGAUUCUUCCCAAAUCCUGUCAGAUAUCCCCGAUUAUCAAAACUAUUCCCAUGGGCUGGGACAUUUCCUCUUCCUUCAAUUGUCAGAAAGCUAACAGAAAUUCUAUGGCAGAAAAUCAGUGAUCCUAGAAGUAUCGAGCAAAUACUUGACCAAGUCUAUGUGGAUCAUUCGACUAACGUUGAUAAGGUGUUUUCUCGUAUACUCGAGACAACACAGCAUCCUGCAGCUGCUGCCUCGUUUGCGUCAAUUCUGUUUGCUCCUCAGGGUCAAUUAUCCUUCAAUGAGGCUUUGUCGAGGUGUCGAAUGAACAAUGUGCCUAUUUGUCUUUUGUAUGGGAAGGAAGAUCCUUGGGUGAAGCCAAUCUGGGGUUUGCAGGUGAAACGGCAAGUGCCAGAAGCACCGUAUUAUGAGAUUAGCCCAGCUGGUCACUGCCCUCAUGAUGAAGUUCCAGAGGUUGUGAAUUUUUUACUACGAGGGUGGAUACAAAACCUGGAGUCACAGGGUAGUAUUGCAUUGCCUCUCCUUGAUACCCCACAAAGUGUUGAUGCUGAUUUUGCCUGGGACUUGGAAUUCAUCAGAGAAGGGUCCAGAAAAUCGACUCGGGUAAAAUUCCUCAUGCCCAAGUUCUCUAUCUGGGAUCGGCUAAUCUCUCGCUUCAAAUUUGGAUUUGAAAACAGGGGAAGUGGAACAGGUUCUCAAUGA